AUGCAGAGGAGCAUUUCUCUGCUGUCACCUGGCGCUGGCGCCCACCACCUUCUAUAUCAUUCUUCUAUUGCUUCUCUUGUUUUGCUUAUCCAUCAAAAUUCAUAUUUCCAACUUCUCCACUCUCCUGGAUUUUUAAAGCCUUUUCUCUGCUACCCUUUUCAGAUUUCCCUUUUCGUGAGCUCUCACGUCCACAAAUGGUGCUAUCAAAACGUCGUGGCCAUAGGUUUUUCAAGUUUAGAAGCAGCCCACUUUAUAAUUCUUCUUCUUUUGGGUUAUUUCUUUACAAUUUUCUUUAUGUAUAAUCAUAAACAAUCCUCUCUACAAGCAUAUUCCGAUUACCCUUCUUAUGUCUCUCUCUCCCCCAUUUUCUCUAUUGGAUGCAAAGAAAGUAAAGUAUUCUCUUCUCUGCCACCUGCAUAUCAAGUACUGUUCUUGAAUAGGUUUCUCAGAUUCUCCCACUCCAAAAAUAUCUGCACAGCUUUUUUAAAUAUUAAUCUUUCCUGGGUUUAAUUCAGAGACAGAUGAUUGCCAAGGACUACGAGUUUGCACGUGGAGUACUUGUUGAAAUGGCUUGGAUUAUGCUGUGUGUCGAUUACUCGAGGCUCUUUUGGUUACUGUUUGGUGUUUUUUCCUACGAAAAUCACGAGGGAAAGCCUCGGAUCAUCUAGCCCAAGAAUCUCCAACUUCUUCAAUAUUUUUCAGUAGACAAUAGUGUUUGAAUUCAUAUAUUAGAUUUGGCUGAUCAUAUACGUAAUUGAGAGGGCUGCAACUGAGAAAUUCUCUGCUGGUGUGGGUUUUCAGAGAGAGUGUUUCUUGAUUAAUUGGUUCCUUAUUAGCCAUGUACAAGACUCGAUUAGGAGGUAGCGUUGGUGGAGCCAAGGAACAACUAGGAUAUGUUGAAACCGAUCCUUCUGGCCGCUAUGGACGAUUCAGAGAUGUUCUUGGCAAAGGAGCCAUGAAGACGGUGUACAAGGCUUUUGAUGAGGUUCUUGGAAUGGAGGUAGCGUGGAAUCAAGUGGCGCUUAAUGUUGUUGUACGUUCACCAGAGGAGUUGCAGCGGCUAUACUCUGAGGUUCACCUCCUUAAGAACCUCAAACACGACUGCAUCAUAAAAUUCUACACAUCUUGGAUUGACAUUGAUCGAAGAACCUUCAACUUCAUCACUGAAAUGUUUGCCUCAGGCACCCUAAGAGAGUACAGAAAGAAGUACCAGCGAGUGGAUAUUCGAGCAGUCAAGAAUUGGGCACGCCAAAUCCUCCAUGGACUUUCUUAUCUUCAUGGCCAUGAUCCUCCUGUGAUACAUAGAGAUCUCAAGUGCGACAACAUUUUUGUGAAUGGCCAUCUUGGGCAAGUCAAGAUUGGUGAUCUAGGCCUAGCAGCUAUUCUUCGUGGGUCACAACAUGCUCACAGUGUCAUAGGUACCCCUGAAUUUAUGGCUCCAGAACUGUAUGAAGAGGAAUAUAAUGAACUGGUAGACAUUUAUUCCUUUGGCAUGUGUGUGUUGGAGAUGCUCACUUCUGAGUACCCAUAUAGCGAGUGCUCCAAUCCUGCCCAAAUAUACAAGAAAGUGACUUCGGGAAAGUUGCCAGAAGCAUUCUACAGGAUUAAAGAUGUUGAAGCCCAGAAAUUUGUGGGGAAAUGUUUAGAGACUGCUUCAAAGAGGUUGCCUGCACGGGAGCUCUUGUUGGACCCAUUUCUGGCAUCUGAUGAAUCCAAAUUGCUGCCUGUCCCAAAAAUCCCAUUUCAAAUGUCUUCUCUUAAUGGAACAGAGGAGAUCAUUCCAUCUUUGUUGGCUGACCCUACCAAGGCCACGGAAAUGACUAUUACUGGAACCCUGAAUCUUGAAGAUGACACGAUUUUCCUAAAAGUACAAAUUUCUGAUAAGGAUGGUAGCACCAGGAAUGUAUACUUCCCCUUUGAUACCAUGAACGACACUGCAAUUGAUGUCGCCAUAGAGAUGGUGAAAGAAUUGGAGAUCAUUGACUGGGAACCAAUGGAGAUUGCUGAAAUGAUAGAGGAGCAGAUAACAUCCUUGAUUCCAGGCUGGAACUUGUCCCAAGUCUACCACCGGCAAAACAGCUUUAACUAUGAUGACGAAGAAGAGGACAGAAACCACCAUCCUUUCUACUCUAUCUCCUCCCGUUCUUCUUCCCAGGCUUCUCUUUUGGCUUUAAACUCUUCCUUUGGUAAGCAGCAGCAUCAGCUUGGAAGUAACCACGAGUGGCUUCAUGGAGAGAUGUUUAUGAAUGAUGAUACAAGUUCUCAAAGCUCGUUCGACUGCUCUAAUUUAAAUUACUGCUCAGGCAAUGAAGAUGACGGCGAGAUCAGUGGAGGAGAGCGCCUCUGCUUCACAAAGGCCCAUAAAUCUACAAGAUUCUGUCCUGCGGACAGCUUGAGUGCGAAACAAUCAAGACAAAGCAAUUGGCAGUUGGAUUCUUGGGAGGGCAGUAGCUCAAAACCCCAGCGAAAGCUAAGCAGGAUUAGAUCAUUUGUUGAUGUUCGGAGCCAGUUGUUGCACAGAUCACUGCUGGAGGAGAUACACAAGAGAAGAAUGUUCAACACUGUUGGAGCCGUUGAGAAUAUUGGAUUUCAAGAGCCUGGUUUUCCAGAUGAUGAUGACAAACAGAGAUUUAAAUGGUGAAAGAAAAUCCCAUUUAUUAGUUAAUUGUAUAGCUUUUGCACUGCCUUUAUGAACCCCUUAAAAAGCUUUUGGGUUUUGUUGAAUAAAAUAAACCACUGUCCUCAUCCUGGGCAGAGCAUCUCUGUUUUACAAUUAA